AUGGAGAGUCUGGUUGAGAAUGGUGAUGGCCAACUCACCAUUAAAAAUCUGUCACCUCCUGCCAAACGCACUCCAACCACCACCUUGACCAAAGAACAGAAAGAGGAACAGAAAAAUGUUGCAGAGGCCCGGAAAAAGUAUGGACGAGGUCGCCCGGUUCGCGUCAACGAGGUAAAAGACAAGAAACUGCGAGCGAACUUGAAACGUAUCGAGAAUAAAUAUCGAACCGCUGUUCUGCAUGCCAAAGAUGCAGAAAUCCUCUACGAGAAUGAGGAGGGUUUCUUGCAGCCGGAAACCGCACUUGAAAGGACAUACAAAGUCAGACAAGACGAGAUCCUGGAAGCCGUUGGGUCGCAACAGGCCAAUAAAUCCAUCGAGUUCAAGCUCGAUCUGGGUCCCUAUGUCACCGACUACACCAGAAACGGUCGGAGCCUCUUGCUCGUCGGGAGGAAGGGUCAUGUUGCUACUUGUGAAUGGCGGGACGGUAAACCGGGAUGCGAGCUACACCUGAAUGAAACAGUAAGAGAUGCCAAAUGGUUACACAACGAUCAGUACUUCGCUGUGGCGCAAAAGAAGUAUACAUAUAUUUACGACCACGCUGGAGUUGAAAUCCACUGUCUCAGGAAAUACGUCGAAACCACCCAUCUAGAAUUCCUCCCCUACCAUUUCCUCCUCGCGGGUAUUGAGACCAGUGGGUUUCUGAGGUAUACAGACACCUCAACAGGCCAAAUUGUAUCGGAAUACUCGACCAGAAAAGGCUCUCCCACUUCGCUGGCUCAAAACCCUUACAACGCCAUCCUUCAUGUUGGACACCAGAAUGGUACAGUAUCCUUGUGGUCGCCGAAUUCGACUACCCCUCUGGUCAAAAUUCAAUCCAACGCUGGACCCGUGCGGUCCAUUGCAAUCGACCGGUCCGGACAUUAUAUGUUGUGUGGUGGGCAAGACUUGCGACUGAAACUCUGGGAUAUCCGGGCGUUGAAAGAGGUCCACUCGUACACCACCCGACAACCUGCGUCUUCGAUUGAUAUUUCUGAUCGGGGUCUCGCAGCUAUUGGUAGUGGGACUGGCGUUACACUGUGGAAAGAUCUUUUCACCACGUCUACCGCUCAGGACCCCACAAAGGUCCAAUCGCCCUAUCUAAAUUGGGGUGAUGAUGGACGUCGGGUUGAACGCGUCCAAUUCUGUCCGUUUGAUGAUAUCCUGGGCAUCUCCCAUGCUCAAGGAUUCAGUAGUAUCAUCGUUCCCGGUGCUGGGGAGCCCAACUACGAUGCCCUUGAAGUCAACCCUUACGAAACCAGGAAACAACGACAAGAAGGCGAAGUCAAGUCAUUGCUCACGAAACUCCAACCAGAGACGAUUGCACUGGAUCCCAACUUCAUUGGUACACUGGACAUGCGCAGUGCAGAGCAACGGGCUCGGGAGAAAGAUCUGGACGCCCCUGCUGUGGAUCCACUGGCCAAGUUGAAGGAGAAAGAAAAGAACCGGGCUCGAGGCAAGAAUAGUGCUCUCAGGCGGUACAUGAGGAAGAAGGGUGGGAAGAACAUUAUUGACGAGAAGAAGAUGCGUCUGGAGGAGAUGAAGAAGGAGCGAUCGGAGAGGGAGAAUCAGAAGUUGAUCAGGGAGAAGGCCGACUUUGGGCCUGCACUGGAGAGAUUUGCAAGGAGGGGAGCUUAA